AUGGCAACACAAGAGAGCAAACAGUGGUGGGAUCCAUAUGAAACAUCCAAUAAAAGACAAUUUGUCUACCGGCCGAACUCAGCAGAGAUGUUGCUGAGCCCAACGUCCACUUCAUUUAUAGACUCCUUUUCCCGGUCUGGACCCCUUGGUUCAACUGUUUAUAAAAAUGAUUUUUGCUGGAGGCCAGUCCUCAAACCUGAAAGUAUUCGCACAGGAACAGCCUCUGGGCAGAGGAGAAACAACCCACAUCCCAGUCAGUCUUUUAUGAUUUGGAGGCUUCCCAGGGAGGCUGCACGGAGCAGAGACUAUGUCAGCUUCCCUUGGAAAUGUCCUCCAUCUCAAGGUGUGAUCCGUAAGGCCUUGACAGCCCAGUACUGCUCUACUUACAGAUGUGACUUCAUGGGAAUGCCCCAAGGUAGGGUAUAUCUAUUGGUUAAGGCUUCGGUACAGAAAAGACUUGCACCUCUGUACAGUAGGCGUGAAGCGCUGCUCUCUGCUGACACAGAGAUGAGGGACAAUCACUGCAAGCCUAAACAAAAAACAGGACUGCUUUGCAAUCACAGCUUCAACGCAGAUCUUAAAGGGCCCUGUCAUGGUAUCGUUCCAACGGUUGUGAAGAGGCACGUCGAUACUCAACAAAAAAGAUAUGAUUUGACAAACUAUGACACGUUCUAUGGAAAGAGAAUGGCUGAUGUCUCUGGUGUGCUAAAGUCUCUGCUGCCACAGGAGCUGCAGCAGUUACAAAAUGUUUUACCUGAGGAGGAAAAGAAAACUGUGAAAACAGUUAUGAGUAAAGGUGCUCAACCAAACAACAAGGAAGGAGUGAAUAAGCUUCCUGCAGUUGUGCCUGAUUCCUGCGCACCAGAGCGGAUAUCAAGCUGGCCAGGACCACAAUAAACCUCAAUG